GCAGCCAGCACCGGAAGCACAGUGGCAGGCGUCUCCUCCUUAUAGUGUCCUUGGUGAGGGGAGAUCUUGUGCUUCUGCUGUCGAAGUGAUGAUUGUUUGAAAUACUUUACUUCUGCUGGAACUCUCUCACUUUACCAAGAGGGUAGAAAUCGACCUGGGGGUAAACUGACACCAAUGAACGGGUUGGGAGAUAGCUCUUAUGCUGGCGUUCUGCCGGGGUCUCCUCAUACUGUUGUCUGCUUCCUUCUGCUCCACACCUACGCUACCAGCAUUGUUUUAAAUCCCUUUUAAACCUGCCCCACCACAGUUCCCAUUAUGUAUGAUCGGGCUCCUCGCCUGCUGAGAUUGGCAGAAGGUGGUAGCACAGACGAGCAUGUGGGUCCUGGAUCUUACCAGGUACCUUUCCUGAAGAAGCAAGCAACAGGUGGCUAUGCACCCUUUCUUUCUUUGGCUGCCAGAGAAAGUACUUUUACUCUUGCCUCUAACAUUGAGAAAGUUGCUCCAGGCCCAGGAUAUUAUAAUAUUUCAAAAACACAGUAUAAUGUAAAAGGAGGCCAUAGUCUACAAAAUCGGGAGAUACGUUUUCAGAAGUUUAUUUCAGAUAGUCCAGGACCAGCAAGCUAUGAUCAACCUUAUCUUGGACCAUUAGGUACCAUGAACAGAAAAGUGCUAGAGACAAAAGAACAUCUUCAAUCAAAAAUUUCAAGGGCACUUACAAUCUCCAGAAGAUUUGAAGUUCCUUCAAUUCCUUCUUGUGGACAGUCAUAUGGUUAUGAUAUAAAGGAGGAUGGAAGUAUAAAAAAACAUUUUCCAGCUGAUAGUGACAGCACUCUAGGGCCGGCAUACUAUAAACCUCACUUUAAUUUUUCCAAUGCAACUUUGAGAUACAAAGGAAUACAUUUUGGCAAUUCUUUAGGAAGAUUGCAAUUGCCUGUAAAGACAUGGCCUGGUCCUGGACACUAUGACAUAGUCCUGAAAAAGGUACCACAUUAUGAAAACAUUAACAUCAAGAAAGAGGAAAGGCAAAAUUAUUGCUCUUAUCUCCCACGAUUUUUUGAAGCAAUAAUAUUGCAGGAAGAAAAAAAAAGUGUACCAGGUCCUGGAAAAUAUGACAUUAAAAGCCAAUUUCAGCAGACUGAAAAUUUGAAACCAACUGCAAAUAAUGUAUCAGCUGCUUUUCUUUCUCAAUCCCAGAGAUUUAUACCCAUAAAGUCUAUCACUCCAGCCCCAGGCACAUAUAAUGAAUAUCAAACUGCUUUCAAGUCAUUGAAGAAAACAUCAGCACUGAAAAAUACCCCAUUUGGUCAAAGUGCUGCUCGAUUCAUACAGGACUCCAGGACAGAGGAAAUGCCAGGUCCUGGAUUUUAUAAUAUAAAUAAUACUGUAACUGACAACUUAAGUAAUACCUUCCUGAAGAAACAAGAGAAAGGUGCAUUUGGGUCUUGUGUUCCUAGGACUUUUUCUAUGUUUCAGAAAGAAACAUUCACUACCCCUGGACCUGCUGAGUAUCAGGUCAGCAGAAUUUCUGAUGAACUACCUAACUUGACUAACCAAUAUGCUGCUUUCCUGUCAACAACAGAAAGAAAUACUAAGUUGUCAGAUAUGGAAAUUCCAGCACCAGGCAGCUAUGAUGUUCAAAAAUCAUAUGAGAUGUCCCAAGUGAAACAUAACUACAUGCCACCCCGUAAUUUUGUGGCUAGAAUAAAACAUUCUUCUUUUCUUAGCACAACUCCUCGGUGUUUAGUCAAAGUGAUUGAUGGGCCAGGGCCUGCAACAUACAACCCCAUUUUAUGGAAAACUUGUUCUAUACCCUUAUUUGUUAAAACAUCAAAACGUUUCAAAGAGUCCAAAGAGAUAACACCUGGUCCAGCAACCUAUGAGCUCAGUCCAUUUUUAAGACAUUCUGUUCUGAAGAAAACAUUUAAUGUCACUCUGCAAAAUCCUUUCCUGAACAAAGACACUUCUGCUAUAGAGCAAAGAACAAAAAAAGUGCUCAGAAAGCAAAUUUGAAUCUACUAGAUGGUAUGUUUGUUUGUCCUUACUGAAAUAUCUGGUUGUCACAUGUUUUACAAACCAUAAAUUAAGUAUCAUACAGAAUCUCUGGUUCAGAUAACAUAAUUUCUAUAACUUCAAAGCAAUAUAUCUAUAACCAUUAUGUGGCGAUUAGUUAUG